CCUGGCAUCUCUGCUGUAGUCCGCCACAAAAACAAAACGUCAAAUCAAUAUAACUAUAGCGUAUAUAACAUUUGGUUUGCCGCUAAUAAUUAAUAAUUGUAAUAAUUUCAAACAUUUUGAACGAUAUAUUAAAAUGGACUACAUCAUAUCAAAUGUUGAAAAUGUGGUGUUUAAAAUAGAAAAAGAUUUAAAUGAGCAGUUUGGGGCUCUUCCUCUGCCGUUUCCAGGCAUGGACAAAUCGACAGCAGCCGUGUGUUUAUUUUUUAAUUGUACUGAAGGACCUGAAUGCGAAAAAGGUGGUGGUUGCCCAUUCCGGCAUAUUCGAGGAGAUCGAACUAUUGUUUGUAAGCAUUGGCUCCGGGGUCUUUGUAAAAAGGGAGAUCAGUGUGAAUUUCUUCAUGAGUAUGACAUGACAAAAAUGCCUGAAUGUUACUUUUAUUCGCGGUUUAAUGCGUGUCACAACAAGGAAUGCCCAUUUCUACAUAUUGACCCAGAGAGCAAAAUUAAAGAUUGUCCCUGGUACGAUCGCGGCUUCUGUCGCCAUGGACCUAAUUGUCGCCAUCGGCAUGUCAGAAGAGUAUUGUGCAAUUUCUAUUUAGCUGGAUUCUGUCCUGAUGGAUCUUCAUGUAAAUUUAUGCAUCCAAGAUUUGAGUUACCUCCACCACCAGAAUCGAAAGAUCAGUUACCCAAACGUCCACCCACCUGUCACUAUUGUGGAGAGUUAGGCCAUAAAGCCUGUUAUUGUCCAAAAAUGCCACAGGAACAACGAGAAGCUACGCUUCGAAUGGAAGAAGCCAGGUAUAGAACACUUGGAUAUUUUAAACAUCGUUCUAGCGCUGAUAAUCCUAAUCAAAACUCUGAUGAAAUGAUCACGAUGCCGCAGAAACCUCCACCACGACCUUUAGAAGAAAUAACCUGCUUCAAAUGUGGUACUAAGGGACAUUACGCUAACAAGUGUACCAAAGGUCAUUUAGCUUUCUUAUCGAACAAUGCGAUUCGGAAAUAGUGUUGCAAACGAAUAGUUAAUUUAUAAUAUUUAAGAUAACUAUUUGUUUAAAAUAUAUCAGCAUGGUUUUACAGUA